AUAAACCCUGCUGGAAACCGGGUCCAGCGUCCCACGACCACCCAAACUCAAUAGGACAGAACUCCUCAAAAUAACCUUGAAGCACCAAAAAGGCGGCUGAACUGAUCAAUAACAAAACCUCUCCAAUCCUUCAGCCUAUAGCACCAAAUCCUUGCAGCGCAGAAGAAGGAACACAACGCCAGCAUGUUUCUACAGUCGAAACAUUAUUGGCCAAGGACUACAACUUAUAAUCUGCAUAUCUCGAAAACGCGCAAGGCAAUUCACGAGGAAUUUUACAGUUUUAUCCCUAAAAUUUAUUCCAGAAGCAAACUAAAUAAUCCCAAAUUCCAACCCAAACUCAUACCAACUUCAAACUGUACGUGGUGGUGUUGUCUCCCAAAAUAAACGAAUAAAUGUCAACCCAUCCCAAUUCCGUACAGGUAAAAACAGCCACAUAUGGAGAUACCAAGAAAUUCCCAUGCAGAAGAAGGGAAAUGAAUGACUGCGACUAAAGAGGGAGUACAAGAAAACUGACGCUAAUUUCCAAGUGGCACAACGUCGAGCGUAGAACACUCCCCUCACCACUCAAGGCAUGGGUGACCCCGUGACACCCUCCCUAUUCUAAAGGUCAGCCAUCCCUCCAACCACGACUGGGAAUUAACUUACCUAUUGCGCCCGGGCGACGGUCCCACCGCCACUAGUAAGCYUCSCACUCCCACUAAUGGUGCCGCCACCCCAAGGAUGUCAAAGCUGCUCAGACCCAUCACGGAACUCGUCUUUAUCAUCUAAUUUUACAGAUACUGCCGUAGGUAAUCUCAUUGGAACAUUAGGCACCCGGAUUCCCAGGAUGACCAAGGGUCGUAAAACACCCCCCGUGCCACUCAAGGCUUGGGUGACCCAACAGUACUAUUACUGGACUUAGAGAACUGCCUCUUCUACGAAAUAAACUACGAUGUAUCCUAAGAGACAGAGUAUCCUGAAAGAAUCGAUCACAACAGGAAAAUCCCGAGAGCUUACCACAUAUCAAGACCCAAAACAACUUCGACGUAUAUGUUGAUUUCCCCAAUACUACCGGAAGUAUUUUGACGAUAGAUAGUGCACAAGAAAUCCCAAAAUAACCAAGGGUCGAGCGAAAAACACUCCCCGUCCAAAAUAAACUACGAAAGCCAUCAAUAGCAGGAAGAUCCCAGGAGCAUACCGCAAGGAAAAACCCAAACGACUUCAAAAUUCCCCACGAUGUCGAAUAAAGCAAGUGACACUAAUCGACAAAAACAAAUUACAAAAUUCAACUGCAAAACUACUCUAAACUCCAUAAGAUUCCGAGGCAUCACAGACCCAACAGAAACUCAUAUCUUCAUCAUAUUCAAUUCCAGAAACUGCCGUAAUUAUAUGCAUGAACCGCAGGGUUCCAGGAGACUCAACCGCACGAAACCCCGAACACGUACAAGUGAACAACAUACUGCCUUGCGACAGAGAUACUCCAGCGAGACUUGCUGCACCCCUUAAGUGUGCCGGAGCGCUGCCACCGCAGCCGCACGCUCACCCACUGCGUCCAGAGACGCCCCUCUGCUUCCAAACUUUCCUAAUGAGUAGAGCAGUCCAGCUAUUCUGUCGUGACGUGCAGACGCGGUCUUUAGAUGGUGAAGAGAUAGAUAAGACGACCCAGUCUUGCUAUAGUCCUUGGACGAGCCGAAGCGCUGCCACCGCAGCCAUACGCUCUCCCACUGCGUCUAGAUGCGCCGCCUCGCCGUCCAUGCUUUCUUCAUGACCGAGGCGAACGAAAUACCUUGUCCUGCGUGUCCCACGCCCGGCCUUUAGGUAUUGAAAAAGGAGCCCCCCCUUACGAGCAGGAGGCUCAAGGGGAGGACGGCUCCUCUGGUAUCUGGAUACUGUCAGGUAUAUUAGUUGGUAUUAGACUUCAGGUAUAGGUAUAGAGCAUA